CUGGAGGGGAGAGAAACCCUAGUGGGGCGAGGGGACAAUACUGUAACCCAGGAUGGCUUCUUAGUGCGCUUAGCUUGAGGCCGCCCUCCGGGCCCCGGUCCCUGGUGAGGCUGCCGGCGGAGGGAGCCGAAGGGGAGUGGCCUGGUCGCCCGGCGGAGGUUCCGGGAAGGGCGCGGGCAGCCGCGGGGCUGCCGCACGGGGCCAUGGCUUGGGCGCCGAGCGUGGCGGGCUGGCUGGGAGGAUUCCUCCUGGUGCCAGCUCUAGGAAUGAUUCCACCUCCUGAGAAUGUCAGAAUGAAUUCAGUUAAUUUCAAGAACAUUCUACAGUGGGAGGUGCCUGCUUUCCCCAAAGAGAACCUGACUUUCACAGCUCAAUAUGAAAGUUACUGGUACUUCCAAGACCGCUGCAAGAACACGGCCUCCACCCACUGCGACUUCUCGGUUCUUUCUAAAUAUGGAGACCACACCGUGAGGGUCAGGACUGAGCUUGCAGAUGAACAUUCGGAGUGGGUAAACGUCACCUUCUGUCCCGUGGAAGACACCAUUAUCGGACCUCCUGAGAUGCAGACAGAAUCCCUUGCUGAUUCGAUACACAUGCGUUUCUCAGCCCCACAAAUAGAGAAUGAGCCUGAGACAUGGACCAUGAAGAACAUUUAUAACUCAUGGGCUUACAGGGUACAAUACUGGAAAAACGGGACUAAGGAGAAGGGAGCAGUUAUUUUAAAGGAAAUUUACUACCUUUAUCUCUUCAUGCUGAGAGGCAUGUCAGUCCUUGAGAUCAAGCCACCUGGCCGCUACAAACCUGAGUCAUUCGACAGCUCACGGGACAAUUGUUUUGAAGUCAAAGCUUAAUACCAGAAAGUCUGGCUGGAAUAUUGUCUCUGUCGCCACAUUGCUCUGGUCACAUCAAUGACCACAGAAUAGGCACAAGACCCCACUUCACUCAUAAAACAGGAAGAACAACCCAGUUCGCUGAACUGCUGUGGGAUUUGCUGACAAAAGCCAAACUUUUCCCGUUCUCUGGAAUAAUGCAAGGCUCUCUUCUCUUUAUGUAGAUAGAUUUAUUUUUGGCCAAACAGUGCUUCUGAGCUGAAUACCUAAACUAGUAUAUAUGUUGAUAAAUUAUUUACAUUUAAUGUUUAUCAAUUCCUUCCCACAAGUCCAAGAGGAAGAUUACUUGUGCUUAUUGUCUUGGGAUGAUAUAAUUACACAUACACACACACACACACACACACACACACAUACACACACACGCGCGCGCGCGCGCGCGCGCACGAGAGAGAGAGAGAGAGAGAGAGAGAGAGAGAGAGAGAGAGAAAUAUAUCAAGUUAAUUUUUUCACCCCCCCCAAAAAAGUUCCACUGAAUGGAUCUGUGUUGUAGUCUAUUCCUGCUGCUGUAAUAGGAUGGAUAAUUUAUGAAUGAUAGUUCUAGAAGCAGAGGGGGUCCAAGGUCAAGGCACGGUAGCAGGUCCAGUAUCACAUGAAGGCUAGCCCACUCUGCUCCUAGGGGAAUGGCUGAUGCUGCACCCUUUGAUGGCCAAGGUGAAGGACAAAGGGAACCACAGUGCCUUGGUGCCUCUUUUGGAAGAUCAUUGAUGGCAUUCAUGAGGGCUCUUGCCAACCACCUCCUGAAGACCCCAACUUAAACAUUUCUUAAAGAUUGGAUUUUUCCCACUAAUGUAUGUGGGUGGGUGGGUGUAUGUGUGUGUGCACACACGCAUGGGCACAAUUGUAGAGGUCAGAAGACAGUUGGUAGGAGUUUGUUCUUCUUACAACGCCCUCAUCUCCCCUUUACUAUUACCAAAUUUCAUCAUAAGACACAUGUAUUUAGACAAGGGCAUGUAGGACAUCAGCCUUGACCAGAGGUGGUUUUUGCUCACAGUCAAGACUCCAGGAAGAAUAUACCCGAGAGGCAAUACAAAAUAUCCAAACUCAGAAUCACUCCUCAGCGCAGUAUCUCUGCCCUGGAACCCAAGGACAAGACCCAUUCACUACACCCCAGGGAUUAUCCGCAUCUUCUAAUUAAGGAUCAGUCACCAUGGCUGAGUGCCUCUCUCACCAGGUGUGACAUGCAAAACCCCUGUUAUAUUUAGCUCCUUAUCUAGAAUACACCCACAGCCCUGGCAUUUGGUUACAUGUCAGUAACCUUCAUGUGGCUGUGCGAAUGCUAGAAAGUCCAGUAGCUACCUCCUUCAUGCCCCACAGCACUGUAUGGCACUGCCUUCUAAAGUGCAGCGUCCCUCAAAGGCUGCCAGAUCAGUUACCUAAACCAAGAGCGUGCAGGGCUUUGGGGAAUUCCAUUGUCUUGGUGGGAAAAAGAGCAUGAAAUCAGAUUAGUCCAGAAAUGAAGGGACAGGAGGGAGAGAGCCCCAGGAGACUGGAAAAGGAUCCUCACCUCACCUCUCCAUACUGUGCUUCAAAAUCACAUCACACGGUUUUAGAGGCAUUGACUGAUAGACGUAAAAUCUAGAACCCAGAGCACCACAAUUGGGGAAUAUUUAACCCUCAGCCAUCUGGAUGAGCCACUUCUUGCCUGCCAUGUCUUCAAUCUAUCUGCAUUCAACUUGGCAAAGCCCCGCCUUUGAACUUGCUCCUACUGAGAGCCUUGGCCACGAGUGCCUUCUGUGGCAUCGGUGGUGAUCUGACCAGUGUGGAUCCUGGCCAGUGCCCUCUGCAGCAUCCCAAAGGUGCCACAUGACCCCGUCUGAUGGCAAGGAUAUGAAUGUCUACUAGGAAAUUCUGCUCCAAGGUUCCUUAGAGAAUCUGUUCAGGCAGCACACCUAUCCCCAUGGCACCCUGGGUCCCGGGAGGAAAAGAACCCGGUUGCCUUAACUGGGUACAGUAAUUUUUGUUAAGGGAAGUGUGAUAUACACGUGCUACAGGACUGAGGCCAUGAGAUGGCUUGGCUGCCUCACCAUUGGUCUUAUCCCAUUCCUUGGGACAUAGCAUGUGUCAGAAGCCGGAAGGAGCUCCAGCCAGUGAGUGGCUCUUCCUGAUAAGUCUAAAGCAUGGUUUAUAGUACAUGGGAAAGGAAAAUAAAGAGAGAGAUGUCCGUCACUGCUA